GGAGCAAGACACAUCACAUGAUGUGAGGAGGAGGUUCCAUGACCUGGAUAUCAUCAUUUAUGGAGACACCACUGGCCAGAGACUAAAAUUUCCAACUAGAAUUUAGGGCAGUUCAAGAAGCGACUAAAGUUACAGCAUCCCAGUUACUGGCCAAUUCCCAGUAACAGAAGAAAAUGAUCAAGGCCCAGGAAUCACUGACACUGGAGGAUGUGGCUGUGCCAUUUACCUGGGAGGAGUGGCAGCUCCUGGGCCCUGCUCAGAAGGACCUGUACCGGGAUGUAAUGUUGGAGAACUACAAAAACCUGGUGUCAGUGGGGUAUCAAGCCAGCAAGCCAGAUGCACUCUCCAAGUUGGAACAGGGAGAACCAUGGACAGUAGAAGAUGAAAUCCACAGUCAAGUCAACUCAGAAAUCAAGAAUUCUGAUGAUCAUCUACAGUUGCACUUACAAAACCAAAGAUGUCUGAAGAGAGUGGAACAAUGUCACGAUCAAAGGAAAAGUAAUUUUCCUUUAAGGCAAAAUCAUGAUGUAUUUGAUGAACAUGGGAAAACACUGAAAUCAAAUAUAAGUUUUGUCAACCAGAAUAGAAGCUAUGAAAUCAAGAAUUCUGUUACAGCUAAUGGAGAUGGGAAGUCCUUCCUCCAUGCCAAACAUGAACAAUUCAAUGAAAUGAAAUUCCCUGGCUGUGGAAAUUUUAUGACUACAAAUUCACAACUCACUAAGCAUCAGAGAACUCAAAAGAUAGAUAAACCCCAUGUAUGCACUGAAUGUGGGAAGACGUUCCUUAAGAAGUCUCGCCUUAUAUAUCAUCUGAGAGUUCACACAGGAGAGAAACCUCAUGGAUGCAAUAUAUGUGGGAAAGCUUUCUCUAGAAAGUUCAGGCUCAAUGAGCACCAGAAAACUCACAUAGGAGAGAAACGUUAUGAAUGUACUGAAUGCGACAGAGCAUUCCGCUGGAAAUCACAGUUCAUUGCACACCAGAAAAUUCAUACAGGAGAAAAACCCUAUGUGUGCAAUGACUGUGGAAAAGGCUUCAUUAAGAAGUCUAGGCUCAUUAAUCAUCAGAGAGUUCAUACAGGAGAGAAACCUCACAGAUGCAGUCUGUGUGAGAAAGCAUUCUCUAGAAAGUCCAGGCUCAUUGAACAUCAGCGAACUCAUACGGGGGAGAAACCCUAUGAAUGCACUGAAUGUGACAAAGCAUUCCGGUGGAAAUCACAGCUCAAUGCACAUCAGAAAACUCAUACAGGAGAGAAAUCAUAUAUAUGCAGUGAUUGUGGGAAAGGUUUCAUUCAGAAGGGCAAUCUAAUAGUACAUCAGCGAACUCAUACUGGUGAGAAACCUUAUAUAUGCAAUGAAUGUGGAAAAGGCUUCAUCCAGAAGGGCAAUCUCCUUAUACAUCAACGUACUCAUACUGGAGAGAAACCCUAUGUAUGCAAUGAAUGUGGAAAAGGCUUCAGCCAGAAGACGUGCUUAAUAUCCCAUCAGAGACUUCAUACAGGAAAAACUCCCUUUGUCUGCACUGAGUGUGGAAAAUCCUGCUCACACAAGUCGGGUCUCAUUAACCAUCAGAGAAUCCACACAGGAGAGAAACCCUAUACAUGCACCGACUGUGGGAAAGCUUUCAGAGAUAAGUCAUGCCUCAAUAGACAUCGGAGAACUCAUACAGGGGAGAGACCUUAUGGUUGCUCUGAUUGUGGGAAAGCUUUCUCUCACUUGUCAUGCCUUGUUUACCAUAAGGGAAUGUUGCACGCAAGAGAGAAACGUGUAGCUACAGUCAAAUUGGAAAAUUCUUUCUCAAAGAGCCAAGGCUCAACACAUACAGGUGAUGUCAUACAGGCUAAAAACACUUUUAACAUGGUGACUGUGCGGAUGCCCUCCAUGGCAGCUCAGACUUCAUUAGAUAACAGUGAGUUCCAAGCAGAUAGCAAAGUAGCCAUUGUGGGACAGCCCAUUGCUAGAUGUUCACCCUCAGCAGAUAAUAGAAUCUGCACAGAAGAGAAACCUUAUGAAUUCAGUGAAUGUGGUAGUGCUUUCAGUGACCAAUUACAUCAUAUCUUAUGCCACAGAAAACACCCAGGAAUAACCUGUGAUCCAUUCACAUUGGAAAACCCUUGAGUAAAAACCUAACUCAUUAUAUGGCUCGUAAAUAUACACUGAGAGAAAAAUAGUGUGCAUGUAGUGACUAGGAAAGUCAUUCAUGGGAAGACAGACCCCAUUGUCAGUGAUCAUAGAAGACAGAUCAUCAGUGAGCUCAUAGUUGGUAGAAAUGUGAUGACCAUGGAAAAGCCCUUGCCCAGAAAUAAUAGCUCAGUAGAUGUCCAGAGAGUUCAUAUGGAGAAACUGUUGGAAGACCUGUGAAGGCCGUGAAUGUGGCAGAGUUGUCAGUGCCUCAUCAGUUGUCAGAGGAAAUCAUAUAGAAAUAAAACUGAAUGCACUAACUGGAAUAUCUCCAGCAAAAUAUGAGAACACAUGAAGCAAAUAAACCCCAUGAAAAUGAAUAUUUUAGAGAUUUGUAUCACAAAUAUAACAUCAUUUUGCAGCAGAUAAUAUAUAGGAUAUGUAUUUUAGGACAGUAUACCUUGAAUCAAACUCCUAGUGAAUAUGUCAUUGACUUAAAUUAAAAGGAGGGUUAUCUGUAUUAUACAUCAUUGGUUAAGUUUAUAACACAAUGCACCUCUUCCACACCGUUUUUGGUAUUAGUCUUAUCUGUUUCCAACCAUGAUCUUGUGUUUCUUUGAUUCUAAAUUUAUUCUGUUGUAAUAUCAGAUUACUGAAGUCCUUCAAAAGGAAACAAUAUAUUUAAUAACUUAACAUAGCAUGUUUGGAUGUGUUUACCUUUAUAAAUAUCACCCUAGGGGAAUGAAGUUUAAAACUCGUGAAUAACCAGUCAGCCAUGUUUUUACCUUAGAAGGUAGUUCUCAUCCUAACCCAAUGAUUUGUCUUAUUGUUGGUUUACGCACCACUCAGAAAAAAAUUAUCAUCUAGUUCCUUUACCAGGAACUGUUUCUUUUGUCUGAGAACUAUAGGUGAUGACAGUGAUGAACAAAAUUUUAAAAACCAUGAAUUAUAUGCAUAUAGUAAUUUUACCCUUCAGCAAAGGAUGUAUGGGACAUAGAGUUUAAGGAUUGUGUCCUGGUAAUUUCUUGUUCAUGGAGUGUGUUGUUUGGAGUGGGAGAGGGGAAGAACUCAAUUUUAUUUAUAUAAAACAGGAUAUGAGUGCUGGUUUUUCAAAACGUUCAUGCCUUACCUUUACCUAGAUAAUAAAUUUCUUGAUAGUUUGUA